AGCUGAGAGGAAGGAAAGGCAGAAGCAGAAGUAAGCCGCCCGAUGCGCCUGCCCGCGCCGCCGGGGCGCUGGGGCUCGGCUGGCCGGCGGUAGCGCGGCCCCGGAGCCGUGCCGGGCCGUGCCGUGCCGGGCCCCGGAGCCAUGCCGGGCCCGCCGGGCUGGCUGGCGCUGCUCUGCCUGGCCGCCGCGGGACACCAGCAGUUGUCACUACAAAGCACUCUGCUGUGUGACAGCGAACAACACUAUGAAUACUCCGGACGGUGCUGCACCAAGUGUGAGCCAGGAAAGUAUAUGUCUGCUAAAUGCACUGCGACUUCUGACAGCGUGUGUCAGCCGUGUGGCCCAAACGAGUAUAUGGAUGUCUGGAAUGAAGAAGACAAAUGCUUGCUACAUAAAAUAUGCGAUCAAGGGAAAGCCUUGAAAGAAGUGAACCCGGGAAACAGCACAUUCCAGCGGCAGUGUGCCUGUACCACAGGUUACCACUGGAAUGAGGACUGUGACUGCUGUCAACGAAAUACCAUAUGUGCUCCAGGAUUUGGAAUUGGGCACCCCGUGCAACAAGACAAGGACACGAAGUGUAUGCCGUGUCCCAGAGGCUACUUCUCAAAGGUUGCUUCAUCCACCGACGAGUGUAAAGCCUGGACCAACUGUACAGCUCUGGGAAUGGCAGAAGUAGUCCCUGGGACUGAUAAGUCAGAUGCAGUUUGUGCAGAACGGAAGAUACCUCAGCAACCAGAAGACGGAACAAACAAGAUUUUAUACGUGUUGAUUGUCAUCUUGUUUUUUGUGGCACUAAUUGGCAUUGUCAUCUUCAUCGUGUACUACAAGAAUAAGGGAAAAAAGCUGACAGCAGAUCUACAGAAUUGGGCUAACGAAGUGUGCAGCCAAAUAAAAGGAACAAAGGAGCCUCCCAGAGAUGCAUCCGUUGCUGUAAACAUACCGAACGCCGUUGUCCCCCAGGGCUCUGAAGACACGCGUCUCCUGGGCCCUGCUGCCUGUCCUGGCCCCGGGAGCUCAUCCUGUGCCGGCGCUCACACCUCGUGCAGUCACAGCAGCCCCAGCACGGCACCCUGCGAGGCCGGGGGGAACCUCCAGCAGCUUUCUGUGGUAACAGAGACCGAUCACGACCAUUUCCCGCCUGUUCCCACAGAAGAUGAAUAUAUGGAUAAAGAUCUCAAUGCUGCUGAUUAUUUAUCUUUGCUGAGUCGGCCUGACAGUAAAACUGUGUCGUCGUUUUCAGAACCGGUGGAGAUCGGGGAGAACGAUAGCUUGAAUCAGUGCUUUUCGGGGGUUGGGAGUACAGAGGACGUAUCCGUCUCUCAAGGCUGUGACUCCUUCUCCGAUGCAGAUGGUGCACACGCUGCCAUGGACAAAUAUCUUCAGAAAUCUUACCAACGUGUCCACAGUUGUCCAAAGGAAACAGACAGCAAAGACACAGAUCGUUUUGCAACGAACCAUGACUCAGAGAAGAUCUGUGUAAGGUGUGGCAUUUCAUACCGGGAAUCUCCCAGAAAGUGGAGCAAACCCUGUUGUGCUGCAGUUGACAGUGCCUCCACCUCCCCAGAAACUGGAUCCUAUGCACAGUGCACCUGUGGCUUGAAUUUUCUCUCUGCUGGUCAGAGCACUCUAGCAAGUGACCAUGGUAUGGAAGAUGCAUCUUCUGACGGUACCAGCACGAAGUACCAGAACGCAAGCAGAAGCACUUCAGGGACAAACAGCAGCACUUCAGACCUCCCUCCAGCAUCUGGAAAUGUGACUGGAAACAGUAACUCCACGUUUAUUUCCAGCGGACAAGUAAUGAAUUUCAAGGGAGACAUCAUCGUCGUCUACCUUAGCCAAAACUCCCAGGAGGGGGCAACGGCCUCGUCAGGGGCGGCCUCGGAGAACGUGGGCAGCCCGGUGCAGGAGGAGAACCCCAGCCGCUGCGAGACCUUCGCCGGCAACGCGCAGCACUACAAGGAGAAGUGUGCCGAGCUGCACGCCGGGGGGGCCGCCGGGCCGCGGCACCACCACACGGCCACGGUGCCGAGCCCGGGCCUACGCCAUGAGGCCUCGCAGCCCGUGCAGGAGGAGGGGAGGCUGGGACACUCCUCGGAGAAGGUGUUGAACUGACGGCCCGCAAGGGGGUCAACCCUGAAUCCCGGUUGUUGCGACGGAUUCGUUUCUUCGGAGGCCGCUGGGGUCCCCUGGGAGAGGGCUGAGGGACUCCCCCUGUGUUCCUCCUCGGGCAGCAGCGAAGGAUGGCUGAGGGAAACCCUCGGGCUGGGGGACUUGGCCAGGGGGAGAGCGUGAAUCACCAGGCGUCCCCUCCUGGAGAGGGGGCAGCGUGCUGGAAGGGGCCCCAAGCACUGCCCAGGUGUUGUGUUUUUUUUUUCCUCUGGGCAGGAAUUUAGUAGCUGUAUCAGGUGAACCGUUUCACGGGGCCUUGGUCCUCCUCGAUACCUCUGGUGGUAGAAGGAAGCGACAGCCACCUCUACUCCUGGCAGGGAUCGGGUGCGUGGCUCCAGCCCUUCCCAUCUUUCCCCAAAGGAACAGGCGCCCCAGUCCUAAACCAGUGCAAAAGUCAGGAUCUGUGCCUGCCCCUUGCUAACUUGUGGGUGUGAUUGUGUGUAGUGCCGCCCGUGUUAUGGUAACAGGCACAUUAGCACUGAUAUGCCUUGAAAGCGUAUCAGAUUAAUCCUGAGCAAAGAGCAUUUAUAGUUCUGAACCCUGAUGCACCUCUGCCUUACUGCAUCUCCCCAGAGGAACUCAGACCCCUGAAGCUAAAGAUGAGCGACAUGUGCCUGGCAUGCUGUUGCACAAAUCAUGUCACUGAGGUUUAAGCCACAGAAUUGCUAGCAGGUGGGGGAAGGAUCUAGGGGAAGUAGCUGCAGACAUUUCCUGAGUGACAGGAGAGCGCCUGAAGAUGGAGAAUUUGGUCAGGGUCAGACACGUGUUCCUUCACCUGCCCAAACAAAUUUGUCUUUCCCCUUGAUAUUUUAAUUAGUAAGCAGAACGUUAUUUGGGCAGCACGAAACUAUUUCCAGAGCUUGGCCUGUCUGAGCUGAAAUCGGAGCAUAACCACUGUCACACUAAGCGCUGACAAGCUAUGGGGCCAGGGGGCUGGAUUUAAAGAACAGUAGUAGCUGUCGUUAGUAGGGUCUCAGCUGCUCGGUUGGCUUUUGUUCAGGUCCUGUAUCCUUCAGCCUCCUCCACCGGCCACCAUGGAGAGAAAGGUGAAGGGAACAGAGACUCAGGGAAAUCCCAAGAGGAGAUGUUGAUAUUUUUAAUGUUUUCCUGACGUGGGGUAAUUUUCUGAUAUUCUCCUGCAUUGUGUGAGUGCUGCAGGAGGUUUUCUUCAGUCUGAGCCUUCAGGAGGAUCAGUGCUGUAUUUCCUACUGGACAGCAAAGGGGUCUCUUGUUGAGUGUGAUCUCAUCCGCCCUGACUGAAAAGAUCAGGCAGGGAGGGCUCCUCUCCAUGAAGGUUUUAAAGCUGAGAGGUUUAUCACCUAGCUGCCCUGUUUGCAGUAGUACUGCUCUGGGGGUGAAGAGAAAUUAAGAAGCUAACAGAGUGACCACUGUGCCACGAUGAGUCAUAGAAUCAUUAACGUUGGAAAAGAUCAUCUGGAUGAACUACUCAUCCAGGAAACAGAAGGAUGGGCUAAGCCACCUUCACCUCUCAGGAAAAUAAUUCUGCAUUAUUUGUAUAUCUGGGAUGUAAAGCUUGGCACAGACGUGCAACUGUCUCUUGGGUGGCUGGGGGAAAGGGUGUGUGAACAGCCAGGCUCCUUUUCACCUCUCCGUGGCCUUCAGAGAACCAGACCGUCCUACCCUGGACUCAGCCAGGCAGGUAGGUUGUCCUGUUGAGUGAUGGCCUAAACUACCUCUGCCUCUUCGAAGAAGGUGUGCAACUGAGGCUGUGUUAUCUGUGGUAUUGUUUUGUUUUUCCUGCUGGAUCCUGUAACAACCUCCUUGUAGCCUCUUCAGGCCUGUUUCUGUAUCCUGGUGCAAUAGGGACAAGGAAGCAGAGCUACACAUCAGGUUCAUGCAAGAUGGUGCAAGUGUUUUCCCACUUAAUGUUUUCAGUCACAUUUUCCUGAAAAGAGUUAAUCCAGGACACCGCUCCUCAGUAAGGGCACAUUUUUCACCUCCCAAAUUGCAGGAUCCUACUGAGCAGGGUUUGACACUAGGUUCAUCAGCAGGCAUGAAGAAAAGGGUCAUCAUGAUCUCAGCACUGGCCACUCCCUUGUAGGAAACGGUAGAUCCGAUUCUUCUUCCUCCAGAGCCUACCCAAAAGCAGAGAAACCAUGUCACACUCAUCAGCACGCUGCAUGUUCCCUGGGUCUCUGCCUGGCUGCGUAGACAUGGACCCCACAGGGACUUCUGUACCCUCGUGAUUUCAUUUGUUGUCACUUUGGAGCAAGGGCUGGUUUUUAACACCUGUUUGUACAAUGCUGCCCUAUGCACUGGGCAAAAAUUUGGAGGCUUCUGGCUGCUAUAGUAAUACAUGUAAUUAAUGACAAUAAAAAUCUUGAAGAUCUACAGGAGAAAGAGUAAAGAUUUGAAAUAAUGGGGAGAAUCAAAUGCAUUAUUAUAUGCCCAUGCUCAUUUUGACAUAAACAAAUAAAUAAAUUGUGAAUAUAAAAACA